AUGUUACUCAGCCCGCGGCGACAACCCCGAGCGGUCAGCAAGGUGCCUUACAAGGUGCUCGAUGCCCCGGAUCUGGCAGACGACUUCUACCUGAACUUAGUCGACUGGGGCAGCGCAAACGUGCUGGGGGUAGGCCUUGGAUCCAGUGUUUACAUGUGGAAUGCUCAGACAAGUCGUGUCAACAAGCUUUGUACGCUCGAGGAUGACACGGUAACGAGUGUGUCGUGGAUCCAGAAGGGAACGCACAUUGCAAUUGGGACCGGAAAGGGGCUGGUUCAGAUAUGGGAUGCGGAAAAGACAAGACGACUACGGACGAUGACGGGCCACACAGCGAGAGUGGGAUCCCUGGCCUGGAACACUCACAUCUUGACAUCGGGUUCUCGCGACCGACUCAUCUACCACCGCGACGUUCGCGCCCCUGACCAAUGGCUCAGGAAACUUGUCGGCCAUAAGCAGGAGGUUUGUGGCCUGAAAUGGAACUGCGAAGACGGCCAGCUCGCUAGCGGUGGCAACGAUAACAAGCUCAUGGUAUGGGAUAAGCUCUCAGAGACGCCGCUUUGGAAGUUCUCGGACCACACCGCGGCUGUCAAGGCCAUUGCCUGGUCACCCCACCAACGUGGAUUACUGGCUUCGGGAGGUGGAACCGCGGAUCGCAGAAUUAUUUUUCACGACACAGUCCGCGGGUCUGUCAUUAACGAGGUCGACACGGGUAGCCAGGUCUGCAAUCUCGCCUGGUCCAAGAACUCCAAUGAGAUUGUGUCAACGCAUGGUUACAGCCAGAACCAAAUCGUUGUCUGGAAGUACCCUUCGAUGACGCAGGUGGUCAGUCUGACAGGCCACACGUAUCGUGUGCUAUACUUGGCGAUGAGCCCGGACGGCAGAACGGUCGUGACCGGCGCCGGUGACGAGACACUACGGUUUUGGAACGUGUUCGGGCGAAGGCCGGGAGCUAGGGAAGACAGCGACGGCGGCCGACUAUCCGACUGGGGCGUCAUUCGGUAA